AUGGUGCGGCAUCUUGCCCGUUCGGUCUACGGCCGUCUGACCAGCACCAGCUUCGGGAGUCGACCACUGCUUGAGGGAUUCCGAAAGGGCAGACCGCCAGCCGUUCGUCUGCGCACUUCUUGUGAUAGCACGGGCAGUUCUAUCACUGUAGACACGGCAGUAUCGGCGGAUACUUGCGCUCCGGAUUCCCGUAUCAAGCUACACCCCUUGCUGAAGCUUGCAUUGCUGCGGUCAAAGGGCAUAUCGCAAAUCAACGAAGUACAAGAGUCGGCCUUCCUGUCGAUCCUAAGCGGGAAGGAUGUUACUAUACAUGCGCCUGUUGGUGCUGGCAAGACCCUGGCGUACUUGCUACCCAUUGUGAACAACAUCUACAACAUUCAUGACCUUCUGGAGGACCUCCAGCUACGUUCGGGCGAUGGUACAUUUGGCGACAAGGAGGAUGCUAUCCGUUUGAAGGCAUUAGGCUACAGCCGUCGCGUGUCGCAUGCCUUGCUGCCGCGGUCAAUGUCCGACCUGCGGCAGGACCCGUCGGAGUUGGAUGCCUCCGCUGCAGCGGCACUACAGUCGGCAACCACCGCCAAGAAACUGGUAGAUACGCUGUACAAAGUGGAUCCGAGACUCUUGGGGCGGGCUGGCAGUGGGCUCCCUGUGAUAUCUCGUCGGCUCUGGGGACGGAAGUGCCGGAAUUCGGUGUUCCGCGCGUUGCUCUCCAACCCUCUAGGAUCCGUAAGAUGUUGCAUGAUAGUAGUCCCGAACAAGGACCUGGUGUCCCAAGUGGUCAGCGAACUGGCCGCCAUCGACCCCUUAGGCAGGUUGUCCGUGCAGACCCUCACCCAUGUCCACUCCACGCCUCCCCGGGGGCCGGUAGUUACGGACGGGUCAUCGCAAGCAGCUCCAGACGAACAGCCCUUCUACCCAUCUCCUCAUACUCUGCAAUAUCUGGGUGGCAUUGAUGGCAAGUUGCGUCUGAGCCUUGAGGACGAACGUGCGAUGGUGCAGGCGGUGCCCACGGUACAGGUAUCCGAAGGCACCGUGGAAACCGUACCUAUCAACAUGGGACGCGGAAAACGUAAUGUAGUGAAGGUUCCCAUGCGCGCCGCAGCAAGUAACGGUCUUGCCGUGUCUCAGCUCUCUCCUGCAAUGUACUCGGUGGACGGCCUUGUGCCGCGCAGCAUAGAGUUUGUGAGGCGCCCAGUGAUGUCGCAUCCAGUUGUCCAGUAUGGCAGCUGUGAUGUCGUGGUGACCACACCACAGCUAUUCCUCAACGACCUCUUGUCGUCGAAGCGUCUGGGAGUUGUACCGGCCUGCGUGGUGUUUGAUGAAGUGGACGUGCUGUUCGAGAACAAUGCGAGCCGCAGUGCGAUGAUGGAAAUAUGCAGCAUUCUCCGUCCGCGCCCGCGGUUGUACAACCCGUUGGUACACCACCGCCGGCCUCGUGCACUGCAGCAGCCUCCAUGCCAGUUUGUCCACGUGGCCUCUACACUGAACUAUGGAGGCCUUCAGACUGCAGGAUCGAUGUUGUACGAGCGUUUCACCAGCAGCCGCGUGAUUUCGACGUGCCUCAAUCACCACUUGGCGUCGUGCGAAAUGCGGUUCGUCGAUGUGGACAGCGCAUUCGAGUCGAAGCUGCGCUGCCUCAUGGAGGUAAUAGUGGCAAACCCAUUUGCCAAGACUCUGGUGUAUAUCGAUAGUCUGGAUGGCGUGCGGAAGGUAAGCUCAUUGCUCCGGGAGAAGGAGUGGCCGGUGCUCUCCUUCCACAGCCGAUCAAGCCUGCCCACCAGGCUGGCGCUUCUGGAGACGUAUCGUUCGGAAGAGGUUGCGAUACUGGUUUGCACCGAUUUGUUUGCGCGUGGACUGGAUGUUAGCGCUGAUCAUGUGAUCAACUUCAGCUUCCCCCGCGAUGCCGCUACGUUCGUGCACCGCACGAAGGGAACGCCGACCCUGGUGACCAACUUCGUCGAGCCAGGAGACACCAACCUUGCUUCAGAGCUAAGAAGGUCUUACGAGUCCGGGAGAUCCGUCAACCAGCUGCUGACAAGAAAACGUAGUUUUGGCAACCGGUACCGCCGAGCCAUGCAGGCCAAAGACAGACCAGAGCAGGUUCACGCCAGCAGCUUCAGGUCAAGGCGAACGUCACAUAACAAUUCCAACAGUCGUAAGGCGUCUAAUAUGGGGAAAUCAGUAUCCCCAGACGAGGAUAACUCAACGGCUGACCCUGGCCGAGACACCGCCAAAUCUAAAGCUAACGACAGAACCCGCAACGAAAAAAAGGAACCGCAACGAAACUAUUUAUCAUCAGAACUGCCAAUUGACGCGUUGAACGGGACAUGGGAGCAGAAAUCGAUGGAUACGGGAUCCACAGCCAAUGUAGGCGACGCCACUGGAUCAGAGAACGGUGCGAACGCAUCGGUAUCGGCAAUUAGAAAGCAUCGAAGGGAUGGCGUGAAAUACCGAAGGCUCAGCAUGAAGCGACGAGGAAUAGAGUUUUACGAUAACUUUAGGGCCUUUUCUUAG